UACUGUAGAGCAGUGAAACAUGCUAUUUGUCUUAGUUAUGUUGAAGCCAAAACCAUAAGAGACGAGAACAGCAGUUCUGUGAUUAAACAUUAACAGAGAACCUUGAACAGCUGAAGAUACCAGAGGAACCAGCAAUGGCUAUGUGUGCUUCUCCAUUUGGAGUCCAGUCUAUCUCCGAAUUCAGGAUUGUGCUGCUGGGGAACAGAGGAGCUGGAAAAACAUCUCUAGCAAACACAAUCCUGUCUAGACCGACUACAUCUCCCAAGAGAACCGCUCAGUGUGUGAAAAUCCAUGGAGUCGCAGCUGGAAGGCUGGUCACUGUGGUGGACACCCCAGGCUGGUGGAAGAACUUCCUUGCUAAUGAGACUCCCGAGUUUCAGAAACAGGAGCUGCUGCUUAGUGCAGCUCAUUGUCCACCAGGACCCCACAUUGUUCUCCUUGUCAUACGCGUGGACACAUUAUACAAGGAGAAACACAGAAGAUCUGCGCAGGAGCACUUGGAGCUUCUCAGGAAGGACGUCUGGAGGCACACCAUAGUCGUAUUCACCUAUAAUGAUCAUCUACAGGAUCAAACGGUCGAAAAGUUCAUUGGAUGUGAAGGGGAGACUUUUCUGCAGUGGCUUGUUGACAAAUGUGGGGACAGGUACCACAUUCUCAACAUUGAAAGCUACAAUAGGUCUCAGGUCAAAGAGCUGAUGGAGAAGAUUGAGGAGGUGGUGGCGAUAAAUGGUGGCUGUCAUUUUGAAAUGGACAGAAAGCACCUGUAUGAAGUCAAAGAAAUGAGGAAGAAGGCAGAGGAGAGAGCGGACAAGAGGAGGAAGGUAGUACAAGAGCAAAGAGGGGUUCAUGAAGGCCUUAACUGCUCCCUGUCCAAUGUAAGGAUGGUGCUGUUAGGCUACCGGAGGGCUGGAAAGAGUUCAGCUAAGAACAUUAUUUUUGGAAAAGAGAAUUUCGACUCUAAGAGAACUGCACAGUGUGUGAAGACUCAGGACGAGGUGGCUGGAAAGCUGGUCACUGUGAUGGACACGCCAGGCUGGUGGAGAACUCUUCCAGAAAGAGACACCCCAGAACUGGAUAAACAAGAAAUAUUACUCAGCAUGUCCCUCUGUCCCCCAGGGCCACAUGCUGUACUCCUGGCUUUACGCUCUGAUAUUGCAUUCACAGAAGAAGUGAGGAAAUCUGUGGAGGAACACAUGGAUCUGCUUGGCAAGCGAGUCUGGGACCACACUAUUCUUCUGUUCUCCCAUGGUGACUUGCUGGGGGACAUAACAAUUGAGCAGCACAUUGAGAGUGAAGGGAUAGACCUAAAACUGCUUGUUGCAAAAUGUAGAAACAGGUAUCAUGUUCUCGACAGCAAGAAUUUGGUUGAUGCUGCUCAGGUCACACAGCUGUUGGAGAAGGUGGAGGAGAUGGUAGCACAAAACGGUGGCUGUCAUUAUGAAAUGGACCAAAGAACAUAUAAGGAAUUGGGGCGGAAAUGGAGAUUAGUGGAAAAAAAGGCCAAGAUGAGGAGGAAGAUGAAGAAGCGAAGUGGGAUGAUGAGCUCAAAGAAAGGUGCUGGACACCGUCUUGCCGAGCUUAGUCUUGUAUUGCUGGGAUACGGUGAAGCUGGAAAAACAUCAACAGGAAACACCAUCCUGGGCACAGCGGAGUUUGGAUGGAAAAGAACUUCCCAGUGUGUGAAGAGACAUGGAGAGGUAGCAGGAAGAUUCCUCACUGUGGUGGACACGCCGGGAUGGUGGAAGCAUUUGCCAAUAGAACACACCCCACCACUGAACAAGCAGGAGAUGGCUCAGAGUGUGUCCCUGACCUCUUCAGGUCCCCUCGCUUUCCUACUGGUCCUCCGUUUGGACAGUUCUUUCCAGGAGGAUGAGAAACGAGCUGUGAAGGAUCAUCUCAAGCUUUUUGGUCGCAGAGUGUGGGACCAGACCGUGGUUCUGUUCACGUGUGGAGACUGGUUAGGGGACAGAAGCAUUGAGCUACACAUCGAGAGCGAAGGUGAGGCCUUGAAGUGGCUGCUUCAGAAAUGUGGGAACAGGUUUCACGUUUUCAGCAACAAGAACCGGCGCAGUAGCACUCAGGUGACGGAACUCCUGGAGAAGAUUGAGGAGAUGGUGGCAGAAAACAGAACAUGUCAUUUGAGAGAAAUGUGGGAUUUAAAGGAGGUAACAGAAAUGAAGAGAUUGGAUGGAGCUGGAACCAAUGAAAGAAAAACAAAGACACAAGAAGAUCUCGAUGAUGAAUCGGACCUUGAUGAUGAUGUAUUUCUUACUGUCACUGAAGGCUUCUUCUGAAUAUUUUCAUAAACAUUUGGAUAGAAAGAAAAAAAGUGCAAGAACUUUAUUUCACAUUUACUGAAUCUUUAAAUUUUCCUCAUAAGGGUCCUUCUACAGAUAUAUUACAUAAAAACAUG